AUGUCCAGGGACACAUUUGCCUUCAGCUCAGCCGCCUUACAUUCUCUGAAAGUGGAUCAGGAGCUCCAGGAGUGGGAGGAUAAGCGGCAGGCAUUGGCUCACAGGAGGGCCAUGAGCCGGCCACCUGUGUCCCGGGCCUCCAGACCCCCUCCCAGACAGCAGCGGGGCCUCCAGGAGAUCCGGGUCUAUGAGGCCCGAUGCAGAGACACCACAAUCCACAACACAUUCAUGUGUGGGGACAUGAAGGGAGUGCACGCUGUGUUAAAGGACCCCUGCAUGGUCAAUGCACUGAUGGAAACAGUACAUGAAGAGAUGGUGUGGGCUCCAGAGCUGGGGAUGUGGACCAUGAGCUCCAAGAUCAAGCAGACAUCUGCAUUGCGUCUGGCAGCCAGCAAGGGACACUCAGGCUGUGUGGAGGAGCUGCUGUUUCGAGGGGCGGAGGUGGAUGCUGACCCUGGUGGCAGCACAGCCCUGCAUGAUGCCUGUAUAGGUGGCCAUGACAGCUGUGUCCAGCUGCUGCUAGCCCACGGAGCAGACCCUGACCUGCUGGCAGAAGACGGCAGUGCACCCCUUCACCUCUGCAGCACAGCCCAGACAUUUCAGUGUGCUGAGCUGCUGGUGACGGGUGGGGCAGAGGUCAAUGUGUUUACCAGUGAAACAAAGCUAACGCCCCUCCAUGUGGUGGCUCGUCGGGGUCUGGAGGAGCAUGUGAAGCUCUUUCUGUCCCAUGGAGCUGACGUGUCAGCCAGGAACCGUGAGGGGGAGACCCCCCUGAAUGCAGCCUGUGCUGGGGCUGAGAGGCCUGCCGAGGCUGGGCGGUACCUCCGCGUGGUUCAGAUGCUGCUGGGAGCUGGGGCUGACCCCUGCACUGCAGGCAGGAAACACCACACACCUCUACACAACGCCUGUAGUAACUGCAGCCCACGCAUUGCAGAAAUUUUACUACAACAUGGAGCCAAAGCAGAUGUGCAGAACUGUGCAGGAUACACACCCAUGGACUGUCUGUUACAGGUGGUGGAGGACUAUCCAGACCAGCAUCCUGAGGCUGUAGCACGCUCCCUCCUAAACCACGGGGCCAAGGCCGGUAAAAGCUUGAUGCUGAAGCUCUGCCUCCUCUCCCCUGCCACUCUGGAGGUAAUGCUGAACUGCUAUGCUGUUGUCCCUUCCUGUGAGGAAUGGAUGCAGUCUAUCCCUCUUGAGAUACAUGAGACGCACCAGGGUUUCUUUGACUCUGUGAGACAGAUGACUAGCCAGCCCCGCUCCCUGCAGCACCUGUGCCGCUGUGCUCUGCGCCGCCACUUAGGAAAAGGUAUCGACGCAGCUAUCAGUAGAUUGGACAUCCCCAGCUCUCUGAUGGAGUAUCUACUACUUCGGAAUGAAGGGGAGAUCCGGUGA